AUGUCUUCUCGACGAGUCCCCCUCUCCGCCAACCCAAAUGUCGCCAACUCGCCGCUGCGGGGAGCUGCUGCCUCCCUCGCAGCUGCCAAUGCUAAGCAGAGACGCUCUUACGCGAGCACCCAGAGAGAGGAUGCCUAUGGACAGCCUCCUCCGGCCAAGAGGCAGAUGCUCGAUCCCAGUGCACGCACGGCACUGAGGUCCCCCGUCAAGUCCAAGACGUUGGUCCAGCGCGGCACGUCCCGUUCCUUUACCACUGAGCGACCAUCCCAGUCUUCUUCCGUACAUAAGCCGUCCGAGAAGGAGGUCGACGAGGUCCGCAAGUGGCAGCAGGGCCAACGCUCCAGGUUCCCCAAGCUUGUCUUCUAUUUUGAAAGCAUUCCCGACGAGCAACGCGUGAAGCUGGCCAAGCAGGUGGCACACCUUGGAGCUCGGGAAGCCAAGUUCUUCUCCAUCGACAUUACCCACGUCGUCACAUCGCGCUCGGUACCCCCCGAAAGGCCAGUCGCUCAGAAAGAGGAGCGAGUCGAGUCCGCCGAGGUUGAACACGAGCAACCCCAGACUAUCAACCCGUCUUUGCUGCAUCGCUCGGCCAAUUCAGUCCCUACGACCUCCCUUGCGCCCACGCGAAGACUGUUCGAGACUGCCACAAGCCGGAGAAUGCCGCUCCAGGCACAGGACGAGGCGGUUCGACGACCCAAGCCUACCACGAGCAGGAAUGCGGAUGUGCUCCACCGCGCCCGCGAGAUGGGCAAGAGGAUCUGGUCCCUGGAAAAGCUGCAGAAGGUUCUCGACAUGCUCAUCGAGCCAGACCCGUACCGUAGUGCGGCGCUCGGUUUUGGCUCGCGUGGCGCGGGUGCUGGUGCGUCACGCACCACCGAGGAAUCGACGCUCUUGCAGCUGCUCAAUAAGGAGCGCGUCAACGGUCCAUCCGACCGCGAUCCGACUGUGGCGACACGCGAGCUCAACUACUUCAAGGGCCCUUACAUCUACGUCUAUGAUAUCGAGGAGAAGCAGAAGCCGAUCAUGGUCAGGGAGUACAACAAGGUUGCAGACAAGAAGCAAGGCGAUUGGCCGCAGUUUCGAGCCAGCAGCACGGGACGCUGCCCUUUUGUGGAAGACUACGAGACUGCCGCGGAGAAGAGGGAGCGACAGCGAAUGAGGGAGGCCGCCGCUAAACCCGCCGUCGAGUCUGCUCCUAGGUUUCAGCCACCUGCAGUUGAGCCUCCCAGGGCUGUCACCGGAAAGCGGUCGUUGGCCGAGAUGGAAGACGGGCAAAACCGCCGCCCCUAUGCUACCGUGCGGCCGACAGAGGUCUUCGACGCCGCCAAGGCUGCCAUGGCCCCGUCUGUUGACUUCCAGCCUCAGAAUGCAUUCACAAGUCGCGCCAAGACUGGUCUGUUCCUUGCCGGCGAGCCGGUAGCUUCGGGCGUGCAGCCCUCGGGUAUCACAUCUGCCAUUCGCUCUCAGAUGAUCUCUUCGGCGACGGGCACGCUGGGCUCCAGGGCUGGAACAAGCAAGGAGAUCCACGGCCUGCAGCGGAAAGUGCUCCAGAAGAGUGCCCCCACCUCGCAGGAUCUCAGUUCCCGGAGAAUGACCGAGAACAGCAUGGACCCCAUGUCUUACACGCGCUCACAGAGCCUUGGCCGGGCUACUCACCGCAAGCUCGAAGUGAUUGACGACCAGUCGCAGUCUCGUGAAGAGAAGCACAAGCGCACGCAGAGUGUUCCCGUGCAGGCUGCCAAGCAGAAGAAGCGUGAUCCCAAGCCGGGGUACUGCGAAAACUGCCAGGACAAGUUUGACGAUUUUGACGAUCAUAUUCUUUCUCGCAAGCAUCGCAGGUUUGCCGAAAACGACGACAACUGGACUCACUUGGACGCCUUGCUUUCCCAUCUCAAGCGAAUUCCUAAAUAUGAAGUCGACGGCGAUGAUGAUUGCUGGUAA